AUAACGUUAAAAUGAGGCAAUUUUGAUUCCAAAUUGACUCGUGGGUGGAAUAAAAAGAUUCAUCUGUUCUUGAUAUUGACGAUCUUUCGAAAAAUACUACAAAAAGGUAUACGAUUGUGUUCUUUCGGGAGUGUCUUCAAUCUUCAGACUACUUACUUAAAGUAGCUGAAGAAAUGUCGACAAAACGAGAAUUUAAACAGCCAACGCCAAGUAUUAUAGCGAGAUUAAUGGGUCUUGAUGAACCUCCGCGGCAGCAGCCUGUUCAAAAGAAACCAAGAGUGCUAUCUGAGGAUUAUUUGUAUAGAGUUGUUUCUAUUGGUGUCAGAGAGAAAUUAUAUGAUAGCUAUUCAUUUAGACCAAUUCUUGAAGAUCAGGAUGAGUGCAAGAAUGUCUUUCAAGUGUUAGAAUCUUUGAGGAGAAACAAGCGCCAACUUUCGGGGAAUAAGAAACUUGAUGAGACAAAUGAUGUCUCUUUACAAGCAGGGCAAGUCGCAGAAUUUGGAGGCAUUACUGUGUGCAAGAAAUCAAGGAAAUGUGAACAAAAGUAUGUGGACCCGCUGAAGAAAGUUCAGAAUGGUUAUGGGAUAUACGUUGAUGAUACAAACAAGUCGAGGAAAUCAAAUUUGAAGGUGGACAACAGAUCAUUCCUAACUUCCAGUACUUCGGUCCUAAAACCAAACUUGCGAGAGGCAGGUAACAUUGAUUCAGGCAAUGAAAAGAAAAAUGAUAUUUUAAUUACUCGUAAAAGGAAUAUGCGCGUGGAAGUGAAAGGAAGCCAAAACAUUCCAAAUGGCGUUCAAACUGGCAUGCGAAGGUCUAGAUUUUUAAGGGAAAGAACCAAAGAUGUCGGGCACAGUACAAGUACUAUAUCUUGCAUGAAACCAUGUUCUGAAAUUAGUGUUAAUAAGCCCUUUGAAAAAGAAUCUAGGCCGAGUAUACGUUCUUCUCCAGUUUUAUCUUAUAGGAACAGCCAGGUUUACAAUUCAGAUGGAUCAUAUGUGGCCAGGGCAGCGAAGAAACAAAUAUCCGAAAGAUGGAAGACAGCAAAAAAGUUUCAACUAGCUGAAAGGGCUAGUAGUUGCAAAACUCGGGGUGAAGAUGGUUCAGGCAUUGGAGGUGUUAACUUUUGUAAUUCUCUAGGCUUAAGCAGUUUGGGUGGUGGGGAGAAUGAGUGUUUUAGAAAUAUAUCAAAAUACAGGUCCCUACUUCCGUACUUCAAUGCUGAUGCGAAUCCUGAUACGAGAAGCAGCUAUGAAGCGUGCACAAAUGGCGAACAACUGAGAGACCAAGAAUCCAUCAAUAGGUUAAAAGAGAAGCCAGGGGAGAAAGACUCGAUUUUGUUAGCAGAAGAGAAAGAUUCACCGGAUAUGCAAGAUGUUUCAGUUCAGGAAAUAUGCAGAGAAAUAUUUGAAGAAGAUUCUAUCUCUUCACCAUAUUCUGGUACAGACCCAGAGUCUCCGAUGAGUGCAGAGGAGGCUUAUCGACUUAGUCCAAAUUCUGUACUGGAACCAUCAUACAAGAAAGAAAUCACAUACAUCUCUGAUUGUUUUAAAAGUGUGAAAACUUCUUUACAUGGUUUACAACUGCAACUUGAACUUCUAGAAUCAGAGGCAUUCGAAACAUACUCGGAAAUAUCCAGCAUUAUGGUUUCUAGUGACGAAGAUUCGGAGGAAGGAUCCGUAAAUGACUCUGAUGAAAAACAAAACCUUAUGCAUUUAGUCAAAGUUGAAGAGAGCAGGGACUUCUCCUAUAUGGUAGACGUGUUGGCAGAGGCGGGUUUUUGCAAUACAAACACGCAAACAGAUUAUGACAUGUGGCACUCUCGAGAGUUAAUCAGUUAUUGCGUCUUUGAGUCCAUGGAGAAGAAGUAUGGCGGACAGAUAUCUUGGAAGAGAUCAGAAAGGAAGCUAUUAUUUGACCGCAUAAAUUCCGGACUGGUUGAGAUUUUACAACCGUCGACAGGUUUGCUAGCUUCAACAAAACCUUUAUCGAGAAGGUUAUGCUUUAGCCAGGGAGAUGAAAUGAUUGAGGAGAAGCUAUGGAAGUUUCUCGUUAACCAGGUAAACGAAUCUGAGAAAUUCUUUGGGAGAGACGAUAAGUGGAUGAAGUUGGAUGAAGAUAUUCAGAUUAUCGGUAGAGAAAUAGAGAAUUCUUUGAUUGAUGAACUGUUUUUUGGGUAGAUGGCAGUUUCAUUCUUGAUAUAUAGUGAGAAUUACAUUAGAUAGGCAGAUAUUUUUGAUUGUUUUUGAAGAAAAAAGCAGAGUCAGAGAUUUUAUUUUUUUGUUUCUUGGACUUGUCAUCUGUUUUGGUCAUUACCUUUUUUCAGAACCAUUAGAGAUAGACAAGGGUGUAUAGCAAAAGUUUUGAUAGUGUGAGGUUUGAGAUUGAUAAGUCAAUUUCUGUAGUUUUUGUUAAAGAAUACAAGUGAUUCAUAGAUAUUCUUUCGUGCUAUAUCAAGGUAUUGUUUCAAAAAAUUUGCAUUUUUGUCACCGUUGAUGAGAAAUAAUAAUAGUCGAGUUUUUCUUCGAGAA